AUGUUCCCCUCAUCCCUCGCCUCAAACUUUCAGACAAUUCAGUGUCCUCAGCGCGGAGAAUGCAGACGCGUUUUCUGUCUCUUCUCCCACAACCAGGCACAGAAUGCCACACCGUCUCUCAAUAUUCCUCUCCAGCAACCAGUCCCAUCCACCAGCACAGCCCAGCCACCAUCUCUCGUUCCCACAAAGCGCGCUGCACCACCAUCUCCUGUCAGAAACGGUGUAGUUCCUCAGCAAGGCCCUCCUAGGAAGCUCCAGAAAGUGGCAGGCCCCCACAGGGCCUUUCCAGUACCAACUCAGGUCGCUUACACAGAGAAUGGUGUCCCACUUCUCAGAACGAGCCCUGCCCUCUCUCAGGUACCUGUUCCCGUCAGACAGACAAUGCUUAAGACUCUCUUCGAUACAUUCAAGACACUAUACGAGCACAUGCUCUCGUCCUACCCGACUCUAGCAGCAGAGCACGCGUUGAAGCAGGAAGAGGAGGUCUAUGGAAAGUCCACAAAGCAAACGUACAGAGUCGCGGUUAUCCAAUGUGUGGCUGCUUUGAAACGCCGGGAAAAACCUACAUCAAUAACCCAUCUAUCGAUUGGCACAGAGGAUGAGAUCAAAGCCAAGCGGGAAGCAGCAGAGUCGCUUUCUGCUCUUCAGCUUUCGAGACAACUGUUGGAGCCUUUCAUUCAUUCAACCGAGGACCUCAAGACCUGGGGCUAUAUCACAGAGAUCCCUGAGGGAAUUGGCGGACGAGAACCUAGUCUGGAAGGCAAGACACUCAAGUGUGAACGGUGCAGUCAACCUUUCCAGGUCAAGCGCAUGGAGGAGGCAGAUGAAUGUCGCUAUCAUUGGGGGAAACCUUUAUCGACGCGCUCUAAUGGAGAGAGGGUUCGCAUAUAUACUUGCUGUUCUAGGCCCGUCACUGAAGGCGAUGGUUGCGUUCAUGGGCCUCAUGUCUUUUAUGAAUCUGCCCCACCUGACCUCCAUGCACGACAUGCCUUUUCGUUCCUGAAACCCCCAGACCCAAAUAUACGAGCACUGGAAGUAGCAGCUAUGGACUGCGAAAUGAUCUAUACGACAGGCGGCAUGCGAGUAGCUCGUGUAUCAAUGGUUGACGGGGCAGGUAGAGAGGUCUUCGACGAGUUCAUCCGAAUGGACGAAGGCGUACAUGUGGUUGACUACAACACGCGUUUCUCGGGAGUAUCUCAGGAAAAUCACGCCACAGCAACACUAUCUCUUGCCUCGGCCAGAAAAGCACUCGAUUCAUUGAUCAAUACUGACACCAUCCUUCUUGGGCAUGCUCUGGAUAACGAUCUCAAGACUAUGAGGAUCAUCCAUCACCGGUGCAUCGACACCGCACUCCUCUUCCCUCAUCGCGCAGGACCACCGUACAGGCGUUCUUUGAAGGACUUGGUUCGAGAGAAACUUGGAAAGAUUAUUCAAGCUGGUACAGGCGAUGUCAGUGUCGGCCACUCCUCGGUGGAAGACGCAAGCGCAACGCUGGAUCUCGUCAAGUGGCAUAUUCUGAACACUCGGAAACCUUCGACGACUUCGGCAUGA